AUGAGAAUGAAUAUCUUCAGUAGGUUAGAUACAGACAUCAUUCAUACCCACAUCCUUCCCCGUCUCGACGGCACAACCUUAACCGUCUUAUCCUCUGUGUGUUCAGAACUUCGUCACAUGAUUUGCCACAGCAACGAAGAUCUAUGGCGGAACAUAUGCACCUCAACGUGGCCUUCUUUGCUGUUGGAUCCUAUCGUUCACAACGUUAUCUCUACUUUCCCUGGAGGUUACCGUUCCUUCUUCUCGGACGCCUUCCCUUCCCUUCACAACCAUAAAAAUAAUAAUUCUUACCGUUUCUAUCCUCCUACAACAGAAUUAAUCCAUGUCGUUGAUGUGUUCGUACAUGGAAAGCCUUUGUUUUCAAGAGUUCUAGUUGAACACUUAAACACAAACAACUUUCCUUAUUUUUCCCGGAAUAUAUUUGAUGUGAAGUUUGAUUAUUCAAAUUUGGAUCACAUUCAUUUUCUGGUAAACGAGGAGUACAAUGAAUAUUUGCAAGAAAAUUUGAGGUUGAGUUGGGUUGUUAUCGAUCCAACUCGAAAGCGUGCAGCAAAGUUGUUUUGUUCUAGUGUCGAACCUCUCUCUGUUAUACCAUGGUUGAAUCACUAUGAGGUGGUUUAUGCCAUGGUGAUGGCGGGGGAGAGCCAAGUAAGGACGAAGAUGAUCAACUGUGUGGUGAGGGUUUUUUGUUUCUUUAAUGAAGAUGAGUUGCACCUGAGAAGAGUGCUAUCUAGAAUGGAGGAUGUGGACGGAUGUCUUGUCGGAGUGGAGCAAGGCGUAACCAUUCUCCUUAAUGCAAUUCAUUACGGAGAAAGGAAGAAAUUUGAAACAUCAUACUUUGAUAUGAUAGAUUGA